UGGGCUGGCCGAACUAUGGAUAUGUUUACAAACAUUGUAGAUGUAAACAAAAGGUUGCUGAUAUUCAGUGAACAAUUGUCAAGUACAGAUUAUUGAUGAUUGUAAGCUAGGUGUUUCUGCAAUGGAACCAGCAAAUGAUUUUGACUCAAACAGUGAGAGUUAUUCUGCAUCAUCAAGGCAGUCAGAAGAGUCUUCAUAUGAGUAUGAGGAUGCAGAAUGGCUGAAGCAUGUUCAAAAUGAUGGUUCCCUUCUUUAUGUGGAGUCUUAUGUUUCAAGCACAGUUAGAGAAAAACAAGUGCAAGCUCUUAAAGCAUCUGGAGGGAUUGAAAAGAAACCAGCUUUCUCAUCUCCUUCCAAAGAAAUCAAGAAGAAAAAUAAGCUACUAAGGUUGCUAAAACGUAGACCAAGCGUAAGAGUUAAGGGCACUCAUCGAGUUGGGGGUGGAGGAGAAGGAGGGACAAAGGGUGGAUCUGACCUAACCUCUCCCCCAAAAGUGACCUUCAGGGAUAAUCCAAGUGGGGAAGUAAGGAAAGUUAAUCUGCAGGUGUAUGAAGGUGGUAACAAUUUAGGGCGACGAGCAAGUCUUUGCGAGACGGUUCUUGGUGUGGUCCCAGGCCGUUUCAGCGAAACCCCAGAUUCUCGAGUUAUGGUUGCUGGUCUUGUACCAGGCUCGCAAGCUUUAAGAAAUGGUGUCAUCAAAAUUGGUGAUUGGUUGAAAGAGGUGGAUGAAACUGAUGUCACUUGGGAUAAUUUGGAUGAUAUACUGGCAGAGCUACAGAUACCUUCGACUAUUACCUUGUCAGUGCAAAAGUGUGCCUCAGAGACCCUCCCUGAUGAGUUGGAAAAUGACCGUAAGAGAGUAACACAAACUCAAUUAGUGAAAGUGGUAACAGGUGUGGAAGUCAACAGCCCAGAUCCAUCAUAUCUGCAAGAGUUGCCGCAUACCCUCCUGUACCUGAGCCUUGUGGGUGUUACUGAGGAUUCUCCUGAUGGUGCUGACAUCAGGUACCAGUUUCCAAAUUGGAGUAACAAAUUAGUGAAGGUGCGAGGAAUGUUCAUCACUACUGCUCAUACUGUUCAGGAGGUGGUUGGAGCUCCAGCACUUUGUUCCACUGUUUGUCUAGACGGUGAAUACUACCAUGUGGCCUAUGUUAGGGAGAAUAAUGAUGUUUUCCUCCUAGCACUGCCACAUUCCUAUGUAUCCAGUCACGAUAUUGUUGCACUGAUGGAGCAGAUUGCCAGCCUUAUUAGAUUUGAAUUUGAUACACUGUCCAAGGGAGUUGGUAAUGCUAAGAACAAGGCUUACUUGGAUCACCUGAUGAGCCAUAUACUGGGUACAGUACUUGGUCAAGGCCCAAGAGAACAAAAGGAUCCUGGACGACUCGAGAGUGAACUAACGGGAAAACAGUUGGCAGCAAAACUUAAUCCCUACCUACCUCUGAUACCUAUUACUCCCCAGAGUUUUAUCUUUGCAUACCCAUCAUGGCUUAUCUUACAAGAUGGUGGUGAAACAAAGCUUCAGAUUGACAACUGCCUCAGUGAGCUGGAGUCUGGGGACUUCGGUGAUGAUGAUUCGGAUUAUGAGGAGUCACUGUCAUUGUACAAUAUAUUGGGUUCCUGCGUGUUCUAUAAGGGCCAUCUUGUAGCAUCUCAUUUGUCAUCUGAGGACCUGAGAAAUGUUUGGCUCUUCACCUGUCACCAUGGACUUCUGUCUCUCACCACCCACGAGUCAGUGAGUCAACUGGUGGCCUGGCGGAGUGUGUAUCCUUCAGGUGAUUGUAGCAACGCCACUCGUGAUGACAGGGUGAAGCAUUACCUCUUGGUAGUCGCAAUGAACCACUGCAUCCUAGGUCUUCUUCUGGAAGCUGGAGGAGUUACUGAGUUUGUAGAUGAAGGAGCUGGACCAGAUCCAUUUCUUGUGGACCAGGCUGAGGCUUCACUCUAUCAACUUCAUGCACUCCAUGUGAACAGUGUGUGUGAAGAAAGCUUAGUUAGUGGUGGUAUUGAAACUAUUUCUGCUGAUGACAAGUUUGGAAAAGUGACACCAAGCAAGAAAGGGAAAGAGAGAAAUGAUAUUGUUGAAGCAGGAGGACUCAGACUACCAGAUGUUCCUUCAAUUUUGAAGCAAAAGUCAUCACCGCUGCCUGAAUCUAGGUUGCACAUACAUGAUCAUACUGGAUGUGAAUGUGAAGGAAGCCUUGGAGAAACUAGCGAAGAUUCUUUCACACACAGCUCUCAUGAUUCAUCUCUAGCAUUAGAAGAGGACGAGGAAGGAGAUGAUGAAUCAGAAUCUGACUGGAGAAUAUAUAAACCUACUGAGAAUAGAGGCCUUCACCAGUAUGAUUUGGACAUAAAGAGCCCACAUCAGAGACAGCCCAUCUCGCCUAUCAGGGUUACAUGUGGAAAAGAUGGGGUGUUGUUUCAUCUGGUGCAGCUUGAGGUGGGAGAAGGAGUGAUUAUUCAGUCUGAGCCUUCUGCAGUCUCAUCAUCUCCAGCGGCUUCCCCCAUUUCAGCCACCCCUAUGCAGCCUCCACCACCAUUCCAUGCACAGGUUUUACAGAGCUUCAGGUCUACUUGUGCUCAUAUACAUCAUGUCCUUCAUGCUGCUAUCAGAGGCAAGGAACCCAAUGGCAACUACAGUGUCAGCACAGCACUUAAUGGAAUUAAGGAACAUGGAGUCUUGUUUACAUACACUCCCCCCAACACCGAUGGAGGUACAACAGGAAAAAGACGUACCCAAACCUUCUCUUAUUGGGUUGUUGGGCGUCUGCUUGUUGCACCAUAUCAACGAGAAGUCUACGUAUGCUUCCAUGAAUCCGUUCCACAGAAUGUCCUUGAACUCGCCUUUAAAGUGUCACUAGGAUGUGUCAUCUGAGUGGGUAGAAAAUAUUGUAUUAGUAAUAAAACAAAUGCUUAAUUCUAAAGAAUAAUACAACAUAUAUCCAAGGUAAACACUUUAUGCUUAUAUUCUUGCAUACAAAAUUAAUAUCAGAGUGUUAGCUUAUUUUUCCAGACAUGCAAAAUAUAUUCAGUAUACAAAUUUAA